AUGGACCUGACCAUAUUUGGGUAUGAGAUUGGUGAAGUGAUUGCAGAGGGCACAUUUUCCAUUGUGAGAAAGGCCUUCUCCCAAAAGCUUCAACGAUCUGUUGCCAUUAAAGUCAUCGAUAAAUCAAAGCAGUCUGAUGACUACUUAACUAAAUGUUUGCCAAGGGAGGUUUCCAUUUUUGCGGAAUGCUCCCACCCUAAUAUAAUCAAAGUAUACCAGAUCAUUGAAUCGAGUGAACAUACAUUGUUUAUAAUGGAAGCAGCGAAAGCAGACCUCUACGACUUCAUUGACUCUCAAGGUCAUUUAUCUGAAGAGGUCGCCAGACCAUAUUUUAAGCAGAUUUCCCAGGCUUUGGAAUAUUGUCAUAUUCAUCACAUCGCACACCGUGAUAUUAAGUGUGAAAACAUCUUAAUUACUGCUGAUAAUAUCCCAAAACUCACUGACUUUGGAUUGGCAACUUGCAUUAAAAGCUCAGAGAGUUGCCCGUCUUCAACAUUUUGUGGAUCCGCAGCAUACGCUGCUCCUGAGAUUCUCAAUGGUGAGAAAUAUGAUCCAUUUAAAGCAGAUGUCUGGAGCCUGGGGGUUCUCCUUUAUGUUAUAGUGACAGGCUGCCUGCCUUUUGAUGAUAGUGACCUUUCAAAGCUCAAGGAGCUACAGAUACAAUCUUUACAGUUUCCCCCAUCACCUUCCCUGAGUGACUGCUGUCGAAAUCUGAUUGAUGUAAUGUUAGAAAGAAACCCAGAGAUAAGGCCGAGGCUGGAGCACAGUAACAUGAACAUUGUGGUCAUGCAUGUUGCAACAGAAAUAAAUGAUGUGAUAAUAGUCGGGCAGACAGGUGUUCCUACAGCUGCGAUUGAGAUCCCAGAAUGGAUACAGCAGUACAGUUACAAGACACGGCCAAGCAGAUGGGGCAAUGCAACUACACCACCCACCAAGAACAAGAAACUGGAGAAACUUGGCAUCGCCACCAGCAGUAGCCAAGUCUUCUCUGGCACCACAGUUGAAAAUGGUACCACCACAGGGAAAUCGAUCAACAAUUUAUUGGACCACACCCUUCAACUGGAAGAGACUGAAGUUCUCAGCCAAAGGCUCAAUUUCUGCCCCACCACCAAAAUAGACCUCCUUGGUCUUGCAGCAAACAUAGAGGAUUUCAUCAGAUGA